AAAAAAAGCCAGUCUUGGAAGGCUCAAAAACCAAAUGGCAAACACUGAUUCUAAAUAUUCAAAGGGUGCUUCAUCUUCGAGUUGCAGCAAUGAUUCAAACAAGAAAGGAGCCGUGAGUCAUGUUUUGCCUUACUUGCGGUAUGAUGGUUUCACUGACUUAUUCGAAGUCCCCUCUAAAUAUUCUCCUCCCUUUGACAUUAUUGGCCGUGGUUCUUAUGGCAUUUUCUGUUCUGCUGUGGAUGCAGAAACGGGAGAAAAGGUUGCUAUUAAGAAAAUUUGCAGUGCAUUUGACAUUACGAGUAAUGCUUAUAGAAUGCUUAAAGAGAUCAAGCUCCUCCAACAUUUGGAUCAUGAGAAUAUUAUUGCUAUCAAGGACUUAAUUAGACCUCCAAACCGGGAGAAUUUCAGGGAUGUGUACAUUGUGUAUAAUCUGAUGGAAACUAACCUUCGUAAAGUCCUCCGAUCUGAUCAGGAAUUGACUGAUGAUCACUGCCAGUAUUUCGUGUAUCAGAUGUUGCGGGGAUUAAAGUAUUUACACUCGGCUAAUGUCUUGCAUUGCGACCUCGAGCCCAACAACAUACAUCUGAAUGCAAAUUGUGACCUUAGAAUCGGAGGUUUCCGUAUAGCAAGGACAAAUUCAGACACAGAAUAUAUGACAGCAUAUGGAGUCGUUACAUUGUAUCGGGCUCCUGAGUUGCUCCUUCAUACUAGUUCAGAUUACUCCGCUGCAAUUGAUGUUUGGUCCGUGGGUUGCAUUUUUGGUGAAAUGAUGACUAGAAAACCUUUGUUUCUAAGCGCAGGUCUUGUUGACCAUCUGGAGGUGAUUACAGAGCUCUUAGGCACUCCUGAUUAUGCAAGCCUCGGAUACCUGCAAAGCGAUAAAGCACGACGAAUUGUCGAACAGCUUCCUCAGAACCCAAAACCACAAUUAAGGGAUAGAUUUCUCAAUAAGUCUCCUUUGGCAGUUGAUUUGUUGGAGAAAAUGCUUGUAUUUGACCCCAACCAACGCAUAACAGGUAACUAAAAAAAGGGAUUUUAGUUUUGAUCAGCUCCUAAGGCAAUGAUUUGAUCACAUUUUAUGUGUGUUGGAUCUUGCAUUUGCAGUUGAUGCGGCUCUUUCUCACCCAUACAUGGAAUCCCUUCAUGAUAUAAGUGACGAGCCAGUUUGCAGUGCGCCUUUCCAUUUUGAUUUGGUGGAGGAUUCAGUAACUGGAGAAUACAUUAAGGAGCUCAUUUGGAAGGAAUCUCUGAAGUUCAAUCCUGAUCCAAACUUCUUCCAGAACUACCUUAUUCGUCUUAUUAGCUUUUGUUGUCCAAAUCCAUGACUUUUAACGAUUGCACCAUCGCAUAAUUUCUUUUAUCUUAAAAAUGAAUGUCUAAAUUGUGAACAUUAUUUAUUACGAACCGCACGGUCGUUUUUUGGAUGGAAAAUGUAUGAUUGAUUAAUUUGAGAUGACGGGGAUUGGUAAUGCGAUC